CAUAUCCGGGUUCCCGCCGCUGCCGCCCCGCUCAUUCAGCCUGACCGGGAGUGGUGUGGUUCCCGACCAAAAUGGCGACCGUGGGGCGAGUCGGCUCGUUCGGUUCCUCUCCACCCGGAUUAGCCUCGGCUUAUACCGGCGGCCCCUUGGCCAACGAGCUCGCGUCGGGCAACGGCGGCGCUGCAGCCGGCGACGACGAGGACGGGCAGAAUCUUUGGUCCUGCAUCCUCAGCGAGGUCUCCACCCGCUCGCGCUCCAAGCUCCCGACUGGGAAGAACGUGCUGCUGCUAGGUGAAGAUGGAGCUGGAAAAACAAGCUUAAUAAGAAAAAUUCAAGGAAUAGAGGAGUACAAGAAAGGAAGAGGAUUGGAAUAUUUGUACUUAAAUGUACAUGAUGAAGACAGGGAUGAUCAAACAAGAUGUAAUGUAUGGAUCUUAGAUGGAGACCUUUAUCACAAAGGGCUCCUUAAAUUUUCACUGGAUGCCAUGUCUCUGAAGGACACUCUAGUUAUGUUUGUCGUUGAUAUGUCAAAGCCUUGGACUGCUUUGGAUUCUUUACAGAAGUGGGCAAGUGUUGUUAGAGAACAUGUUGACAAAUUGAAAAUCCCUCCUGAAGAGAUGAAAGAAAUGGAACAAAAGCUGAUUAGAGACUUCCAAGAAUAUGUAGAGCCAGGAGAAGACUUCCCAGCCUCUCCUCAGAGAAGAAACACUGCAUUGCAGGAAGACAAAGACGACAGUGUAGUUUUACCUCUGGGUGCAGAUACACUUACACAUAACUUGGGCAUUCCAGUCCUUGUAGUUUGCACAAAGUGUGAUGCCAUUAGUGUAUUGGAGAAAGAACAUGACUACAGAGAUGAACAUUUCGAUUUUAUCCAGUCACACAUCCGGAAGUUUUGUUUACAGUAUGGUGCAGCACUUAUUUACACUUCAGUAAAAGAAAAUAAAAAUAUAGACUUAGUAUAUAAAUACAUCGUUCAGAAACUAUAUGGAUUUCCUUAUAAGAUUCCUGCUAUUGUUGUGGAAAAGGAUGCAGUAUUUAUUCCAGCAGGGUGGGAUAAUGAUAAGAAAAUAGGAAUAUUACAUGAAAACUUUCAAACAUUGAAAGCAGAAGAUAAUUUUGAAGACAUCAUAACUAAACCACCUGUCCGAAAGUUUGUGCAUGAGAAGGAAAUUAUGGCAGAAGAUGAUCAAGUAUUUCUUAUGAAGUUACAGUCCCUUUUAGCAAAGCAGCCACCAACUGCAGCUGGAAGGCCUGUGGAUGCCUCACCAAGAGUCCCUGGAGGCUCGCCUAGAACACCAAACAGAUCUGUGUCAUCCAAUGUUGCCAGUGUGUCACCCAUCCCUGCUGGGUCAAAAAAAAUUGAUCCAAACAUGAAAGCUGGAGCUACAAGUGAAGGUGUCCUGGCAAAUUUCUUCAAUAGUUUGUUGAGUAAAAAGACUGGCUCUCCUGGAGGCCCUGCUGGUAGUGGUAGCCCUGGAGGUGGGGCUGGAGGUGGAAGCAGUGUUUUACCACCGUCUGCCAAAAAGUCAGGCCAGAAGCCUGUCCUGUCAGAUGUUCAUGCAGAACUAGACAGAAUUACCCGGAAACCAGUUUCAGUUUCUCCUCCAACACCUACAUCUCCUACGGAAGGAGAAGCUUCUUGAAGAUACCAAAUAAAGCCAUUUAUUCAGUUUUCUGGGAUAACGUAAACUUGCCUCUGCCUUUUCCUUCAAAGGUGGAAUUAGGGAGCUGGAGUGCUUUUACAGAUGGACUAAAUUUAUGUCUUUUUUUUUUCUUUGUGGCUGCCCGUUUUUAUAAAAGGAGCUGUACAGAAGAAAAAAAUAUUCUACAUUAUGUAGAAUUGCUGUUUGCAUUGCCAUUUUGCAUAGGGAAGUAAUUUUGGAUUUUGAAAAUCUCAAAAUUUAUAAAUCUGAAAUACAACCAUGUGAUCUUAUUUUAAAGGCUAAAUUAUUAUAUAGGAGGGUUUAGAGAAGGGCAGACAAUAUGCAAUUUGGACAUUUAACUGACUUGGAAGUCCAAACUUGUUUUAGUUAAGACUAUUUAAAAUCAUUUUUAAAAAUUUGUGUGUUUUGCUGAAAAAGAAAAUUGUCAGAUUUUGCACAUCACAUAAAUGUACCAACACCUGGGAUAUGCUGAGAAAACAGAUAGCAUUUGAUACACUAGUCAUCACUCAAAUCAGUGAUCCUAUAAGUUGUCAUCAAAAUAUGAUUUAGAUAUUGGCCAAGAUAUAUUCUGAAACUGAGAAGGAAAGAAAGCACACUGCCUAAAUGUGUAAAAGAAAAAUGCAGAGGUUAUGAAAAUGUAAAGAGGUAACAGUCUUUGGAUUUGUCUAUACAUAUAUAUAUAUAUAUGGCUCUGCCUUAAUAUACUCCUUUUUUGUUUGUGACUUUCAACUGUAAUCAGUUAAUAAAGUAUUUAUUCUCUGCA